GUCGCCAUCCAGCAAGCAGCUCUGCAGGAGGCACAACUACAACGGCCAUUAGGAGAGAUAAAAGCGGAGAAGGAGAAGAUGAUCAGAAGAAGAGCCAAGAUGCAGCGGAGAGGGGCAGACAUAGAGGAGUUAGAGACGAUGGACCUGACGAACAUGGAUGAUGAUGUGAGGGUAGUUAGGAGGGCCCUGUUAGGCGUAAUAGAGAUGCAGGAGCAUCAAACUACCAUCCUCCAGGAUAUCCAACAGAGCCUAGCCGUUUUGGCAGGCCGUGCUCAGGCAGCACCAUCACCAGCCGGGCCUGGUGCCUGCCCCGUGCCAUAUCCUCCUUUUUUUGUCCCACCGAUGACAGGGGUAUCCCCAUAUAUAGCCCCGUCAUCGGUUGCUAUCGUUUCCGUGGGCAUGCCGCUGUCAGGAGGGGUAACAGCAGGGAGUAGUUUGCAGGUUCCUAUUCAGACAGUGUACACCCAAACUCCAUCGCAGGUUGCAGUCACCACGCAGCCUGCUGUCUCGCAGCCUGUACAGCCUCAGGGCACGGAGCCCCAACAGCUAGCACAACAACCUGUGUCACCGGGUCCACAGCCCGGAGUGGUGCACGGACCGGGACAAACUCAGUGGGUUCCAAAGACGGCCAUCGCCGCUCCCAAACCUUUUACAGGGGACAAGAGAGGCGAAGACCUCGACACAUGGUUGAGGUCAGUGCCAGUCUAUGUUAGGUGCAAACUUACCUUGCCGCACGAAGAAGUGCUUGUGGCUGCAUCUUACCUAGAGGGUAGUGCAGCAAGAUGGUUGAGCGGUUUAGUGCUGCUCCAGGGAUAUGGUCAUGACUUCCGCGCUUGGGCAGCCACCCAGAAACUGGAUGACUUCCUGCAGAUGGUGGAGGAGAGGUGGCACGAUCCUCAGGAGGCUCAAAGGGCCACUGGUGCGAUCCUGACACUGCACACGAGGCAGUUUAAGUCAGUAAGGGAAGCCACCGAAGCUGUGUCCCAGGGGUGCGCUAUGACCCCCAGACAUCUGAAGCAUGCGUUGACGCACUACGAGGUCUUGAAACUUCCUGAUCCUGAUAAGCCGUUUAUAGUCACCACGGAUGCCAGCCAAUAUGGUAUUGGCGUCGUGCUCGCGCAGCCGGAGGGGCCAAAGUUAAGGCCUGUAGAGUAUAUGUCCAAGAAGAUGCCCUCUCAGAAGUUGGCAAAGUCCACCUAUGAGAAGGAACUCUAUGCGGUGUACAAGGCUCUGACCCAUUGGAGACACUAUCUCCUUGGGAGGUUCUUCAUCCUCAAGACUGAUCAUCAGACACUGAGAUGGACGAAAACUCAGCUUGUUCUAUUUAACGCCCUCAAGCGUUGGAUCGAAGUUAUUGAGCAAUAUGACUUUGACCCUCAGUAUCUGAAAGGGGAGUACAACAAGGUUGUUGACGCCUUGUCGCAUAGACCUGACUUCUCAGGUGCGCUGAUUACUGAGUUCAAUCUGACAGACAGUGUCACUCAGUCUUUGGUGGAAGCCUAUCGCAAGGACCAGUUCAUGUCUGAGAUCAUACACAGACUUGAGGCGAAGUAUAAGAAGACUUCUGUCGAGUUUGAGUUGGUCAAUGGCUUGCUGUUCCUUGAGAAGGAAGGGAAUAAACGAUUGUGUGUCCCAAAUAGCGAGUCUUUGCGUAGUUUGUUUUUAGGAGUGUCACGAUGCCACCGGCCAUUUUGGGUACAAGAAGACCGCAGCAAAUCUGCUGCAGCGGUUCUGGUGGCCCACGAUGAUGCGAGACGCCCAGCUGUACGUGGAGACUUGUCAGUCACCAGCAAGAGGGGGAUGCGACACAUCUUCGUCAUCGUGGAUAGAUUUAGCAAGUAUGCUAGGCUAGUGGCAAUGCCGGAAAUAGCCAGAACGGAGUAUGUGAUCAAAAUGUUUAAAGAGAACUGGGUCAGGGACUUUGGUUUACCGAAGUCUAUUAUUAGUGACAGGAAUGUCCGGUUCACCAGCGAGUUGUGGAAGGCCGCUGCUGCAGAGCAGGGAACUCAGUUGCAGAUGACUUAUGGGAAUCACCCAGAGGCCAACGGUCAAGCCGAGCAACUGAACCGCGUUGUACAACACCUGUUGAGGCAUUACAUCAAGCCCAACCAGGUGGACUGGGAUGAGAAGCUUGCUCUCAUCGCCAGCUUUGCCACGUCAGCAAUGCCACGUCAGCAGUGCCACAUCAGCAGUACCACGUCAGCAACAGUGCCACGUCAGCAGUACCCCGCCACCAUGACGGUCUCAGUUCUGGGCAUGCCAGGCCAAUUGGCGAACGAGUCCAUUGCCAAGUACCGACAGCGGUUCCAGGCUCAGCUCGCACUGAUCGAGGCUGAGGAACAACGUCAGGCGGCAGUCGAGGCUGCCUGCCUACAGGCUGAAGCGGCGGAAACAGCUGAAAAGCAGCGACUUCAGGCCGAAGCAGACGCAGAUACCCAGGCACGCCGCAAGGAGGCGCAGGAUCAGCUACAGCGGCACAAAGCUGCCAGCAUCGAAAAGCUCAAGUUCUGGCAUUUUGAACCAUCUGAGCACCACAAAGACGUGACACCGGAAGAGCAGCACAAGGAGUUCAUUGCCAAACUCGUGACCCAGUUGGUUUACACUUGUAACCACCUGCAGUCUGAGCUGGCGAAUCUCCGACGGGCGGUGCAGAACCACAAGGAUCUGCACGAGGAUGCUACAUGGGCACUUGAUUCCCGUGUACAGGACUUGGAGCAAGUUGCACCAAGACCAGAUGCUGGCGAGUCCAGUAGUGCACCCUCUACCUGCCAGUUGGAGGAACGAGUUGCCCACGUAGUCGCAAUGCUCGGCGACAUCAGCUCCUUCGCUGCACCAGCCACCAUAAGCAAGCAGCUAGACACCUUGAAGACCGAGGUUCACCAACUGCACCAGCGGCCCAACAAGGACGGCAACACCAGUGCACAGCACUACAAGAUGCCGACAUUCCGCAUCGGAAAGUUCGAUGAUUAUACACAUCAAGACCCGGUCCCCUGGUGGGAGGGCUUUACGACGGAACUUCAGAUUCUUUUUGUCCCCGAGCACUCGUACAUCGGCGCGCUGUUCCUCAACUCAAAGGGCGGAUGCCAGAUCUGGCUCAGCCACCUGGCAACCAUCCACGGCGUCCAAGUCGCCGAUCUACAUAAGAAGAUAUCUUGGGACGAGUUGACGAAGCUAUGGAAGAAGCGGUUCAUCGUGGACGACGCCCCAGCGCUCGCCAUCAACUACCUCUUCAGCAUGACUCAAGGCAACACACCAGCACGUGACUGGCUCACGGCAUGGCAAAAGAUCGUGGCAACGCCCGAUCUCGAGUUGCCAUUUUCGCAUCUGCACCAAGAGUUUACAACCGGUCAUGUGCGGCCUUGAGCCUCGCACUUGGUGGUCGCGAGCGAUACACGACCUUCGCCGAAAUCAUCGACAAGGCAAGGGAGAUCAUCAAGACCAAUAGGGCGGCUGCACACGAGAAGUCAGCGUGGCAGCCAACCUAUGUGGAGAAAGGAAAAUUUGGUCCGCGUACGCAGCAUGUCGCCGCAGUCCAACCGGACAACAUUGUGAAAGACCCGGCAGCCACCCAAGCAUCACGUGAGGGUGAUCAGGAGGCCGCUGUCCAGCCGCGAAGCAACAACAACUCCCGAGGAAAGGGGAAGGCGAAAACCGCAUCG